UUUCUCCUUUUUCCAUUUUCCUUUUGGUCUCUCUCUCUCUCUCUCUCUCUAUCUUCCAUUCUUCCCCUAAUUCGUUCAUGGAUCUGCCUCUUCGUCCUAUCUACUUCGCCGAGAUCUUCCCCUGAGCUGCCGACAAUCUGCGGUCGCCGGAUUUUCUCGGUUUCGUUUUCCGCCUCUCCGAUUGAUUGGCGAAGAAGAGAAAAAAGAUGAAAGUGCCGUGUUGUUCGGUCUGCCAAACGCGGUACAACGAGGAGGAGAGAGUUCCUCUCUUGCUCCAGUGCGGCCAUGGCUUCUGCAAGGAGUGUCUCUCCAAAAUGUUCUCCGCCAGCCCCGACACCACCCUUCCCUGCCCCAGGUGCCGCCACGUGUCCCUCGUCGGCAAUUCCGUCCACGCCCUGCGCAAGAACUACGCCAUCCUCGCGCUCAUCGACUCCAGCUCUGCCGCCUCGGCCGCCAACUCCUCCGCGGCGCCCAAUUUCGACUGCGAUUACACGGACGACGACGAGGACGAUGACGCCAAUGGUGAUGAGGACGGAGACGCCGAAUCCCUCUCGCGGCGUCGCUGCAGCCGCGCGUCUGCGGUGUCGAGCUCUGGCGGCGGGUGCGGGCCCGUAAUCGAGGUUGGGGCGCAUCAGGACUUGAGAUUGGUGAGGCGGAUAGGGGAAGGGAGGCGGCCCGGGGUUGAAAUGUGGUCUGCCGUGAUUAGCAGGGCGGCGGGGCGGUGCCGCCACCAGGUGGCCGUGAAGAAGGUUGCGGUGGCGGAGGGAACGGAUGUCGAUUGGGUGGUGGGCCAGCUUGAGAAUUUGCGGCGAGCGUCGAUGUGGUGUAGGAAUGUGUGUACGUUUCAUGGGUUUACGAGGCUGGAAAGCUCUUUGUGUCUUGUCAUGGACAGGUGUUAUGGGUCGGUGCAAUCUGAAAUGCAACGCAAUGAGGGCAGGCUUACUUUGGAGCAAAUUCUAAGAUUUGGGGCUGACAUAGCACGAGGGGUAGCUGAACUUCAUGCAGCAGGUGUUGUUUGUAUGAAUCUGAAACCGUCAAAUCUUCUUUUGGAUUCAAGUGGACGUGCAGUGGUUUCUGAUUAUGGACUUGCCUCAAUUCUAAAGAAAUCUUCAUGCCGGAAAUCUCGAUCAGAGUGUGAUACCUCCAGGAUCCAUUCAUGUAUGGAAUGUACGAUGCUCAGUCCCCACUAUGCAGCUCCAGAGGCCUGGGAACCAGUGAAAAAGUCAUUGAAUUUGUUUUGGGAUGAUGCAAUCGGCAUUUCUGCAGAGUCAGAUGCCUGGAGUUUUGGUUGUACAUUGGUCGAGAUGUGCACUGGUUCCAUCCCGUGGGCUGGUUUAAGUGCAGAGGAAAUUUAUCGAACUGUUGUUAAGGCUCGAAAGUUGCCUCCUCAGUAUGCAAGCGUAGUAGGUGUGGGGAUACCUAGGGAGCUAUGGAAAAUGAUUGGUGAGUGCCUACAGUUCAAGGCAGCUAGAAGGCCAACCUUUAAUGCAAUGUUGGCAACUUUCCUUCGUCAUUUACAAGAGAUACCCCGUAGCCCUCCUGCAAGCCCUGAUAAUGACUUUGCAAAAUGCUCUGGAUCAAAUGUGACAGAACCGUCACCUAUUUCUGACUCGGAAGUUUUCCUGGACUACACCAGCCUCCUACAUAGACUUGUGUCUGAAGGGGAUGUGAGUGGUGUUAGAGAUCUGCUUACCAAGGCUGCAUCAGGAAAUGGAACUAUAUCGUCUCUAUUAGAGGCUCAAAAUGCAGAUGGCCAAACUGCUAUCCACUUAGCUUGUAGGCGUGGUAGUGCAGAACUUGUUGAGGCUAUCUUGGAAUAUGGAGAAGCGAAUGUGGAUGUGCUGGACAAGGAUGGGGAUCCUCCUCUGAUUUUUGCAUUAGCAGCUGGAUCCCCAGAAUGCAUUCGUGUUCUCAUUAAAAGAGGCGCUAAUGUCAAAUCCAGCUUGAGGGAUGGCUUUGGUCCAUCUGUUGCUCAUGUUUGUGCCUAUCAUGGCCAACCUGAUUGCAUGCGCGAGUUACUAAUUGCUGGAGCUGAUCCGAAUGCGAUGGAUGAUGAAGGUGAGACAGUGCUGCACAGGGCUAUUUCCAAGAAAUAUACAGACUGUGCUAUUGUCAUAUUGGAAAAUGGGGGCUGUGAAUCAAUGGCUGUCUCAAAUUCAAAAAAUUUGACACCAUUGCACUUGUGCGUGGCAACAUGGAAUGUGGCUGUUCUAAGAAGGUGGGUGGAAAUUGCAACUCCAGAAGAAAUUGCAGAGGCAAUUGAUAUCGUGAGCCCUGUUGGUACUGCACUGUGUAUGGCAGCUGCCGUAAAGAAAGAUCAUGAAAUUGAGGGGAGAGAAAUGGUGCAGAUACUGCUUGCUGCGGGUGCAGAUCCAACUGCUCAAGAUGCCCAGCAUGGGCGGACUGCACUGCAUACAGCUGCAAUGGCUAAUGAUGUUGAGUUGGUCAAGAUUAUUCUUGAGGCUGGAGUUGACGUGAACAUUCGGAACGAACACAAUACGAUUCCUCUUCAUGUAGCACUGGCCAGAGGAGCAAAGUCAUGCGUACGGUUGCUUCUGUCAUAUGGGGCAAAUUAUAAUUUUCAGGACGAUGAGGGGGAUAAUGCUUUUCAUUUUGCGGCAGAGACAGCAAAAAUGAUUCGUGAAAAUCUUGACUGGCUCGUUACUAUGCUUGGCAAUCCAGAUGCUGCAGUGGAAGCCAGAAAUAACAGUGGCAAAACAUUACGUGACCUUUUGGAGGCUCUUCCUCGGGAAUGGAUUUCCGAAGAUCUGAUGGAGGCACUUGUUAAUAGAGGAGUUCAUCUGUCUCUGACAAUAUAUGAAGUGGGAGACUGGGUUAAGUUUAAAAGAAGCAUCAUAGCUCCCACGUAUGGUUGGCAAGGCGCAAAAUCCAAAAGUGUGGGCUUUGUGCAAAGUGUCCCAGACAAGGACAAUCUAAUUGUCUCAUUUUGUUCUGGAGAGGCUAGAGUUUUGGCAAAUGAAGUUGUAAAAGUCAUCCCACUUGACAGGGGACAGCAUGUCCAGCUUAAACCAGAAGUACAAGAGCCAAGGUUUGGUUGGCGUGGUCAGUCACGUGACAGCAUUGGAACUGUUUUAUGUGUCGAUGAUGAUGGCAUCUUACGUGUUGGGUUUCCUGGAGCAUCAAGAGGAUGGAAAGCUGAUCCUGCGGAGAUGGAGAGAGUUGAAGAAUACAAAGUUGGGGACUGGGUUCGUAUUCGGCCCACUCUUACAACAGCGAAGCAUGGAUUAGGAUCUGUUACACCUGGGAGCAUUGGUAUUGUUUAUUGUAUAAGACCAGAUAGCAGUCUGCUGUUGGAAUUGAGCUAUCUUCCAAGUCCGUGGCAUUGUGAACCAGAGGAAGUUGAACUUGUUACUCCUUUCAGGAUUGGCGACCGUGUAUGUGUAAAGCGAUCUGUUGCAGAACCCAGGUAUGCCUGGGGUGGCGAGACCCAUCAUAGUGUUGGAAGAAUAAGUGAGAUAGAGAGUGAUGGCCUCCUGAUUAUUGAAAUACCAAAGCGACCAAUUCCAUGGCAAGCGGAUCCUUCUGACAUGGAAAAGGUGGAAGACUUUAAGGUUGGUGAUUGGGUCAGAGUGAAAGCUUCAGUACCAUCCCCAAAAUAUGGGUGGGAGGACAUAACAAGGACAAGUUUUGGGAUCAUUCAUAGCUUGGAGGAUGAUGGUGACAUGGGGGUUGCCUUCUGCUUCAGGAGCAAGCCUUUUCGUUGCUCCGUUACAGAUGUAGAAAAGGUCUCUGCUUUUGAGGUGGGUCAAGAGAUUCAUAUUAUGCCAUCUGUAACUCAGCCACGACUUGGGUGGUCAAAUGAAACUCCAGCCACUGUCGGAAAAAUUAUCAGAAUUGACAUGGACGGGGCUUUGAAUGUGAAGGUUGCUGGUCGACAAAGCUUGUGGAAAGUUUCCCCAGGAGAUGCAGAGCGGCUUUCUGGUUUUGAAGUCGGUGACUGGGUACGUUCAAAACCAAGCCUGGGGACUAGACCUAGUUAUGACUGGAAUAGUAUUGGGAAAGAGAGUUUAGCUGUUGUGCACAGUGUACAAGACACUGGUUAUUUAGAGUUGGCUUGCUGUUUUCGCAAGGGCAGGUCGAUUACUCAUUACACAGACAUUGAAAAGGUUCCGUGUUUUAAAGUCGGGCAACAUGUUCGGUUUCGGACUGGAAUUGUCGAGCCAAGAUGGGGCUGGAGACGGGCUCAGCCUGAUUCAAGAGGCAUUAUAACCAGUGUUCAUGCUGACGGGGAAGUGAGGGUGGCUUUCUUUGGUGUCCCCGGUUUGUGGAGAGGUGAUCCUGCAGAUCUUGAGAUGGAGCAAAUGUUUGAAGUAGGAGAGUGGGUGAGAUUAAAAAACAAUGCAAGUAACUGGAAGUCCAUUGGGCCAGGUAGUGUUGGUGUAGUCCAAGGAAUAGGUUAUGAAGGAGAUGUAUGGGACGGAACCACUUUUGUGGGGUUUUGUGGAGAGCAAGAAAGAUGCGUCGGGCCUACAUGCCAUCUCGAAAGGGUGGAGAGGCUUAUUGUUGGUCAGAAAGUUAGGGUUAAAUUGUCUGUAAAGCAACCAAGAUUUGGGUGGUCGGGCUACGGCCACUCUAGUGUUGGAACUAUAUCCGCAAUUGAUGCUGAUGGAAAGCUUAGAAUAUAUACUCCAGCUGGCUCAAAAUCCUGGAUGCUGGAUCCUUCAGAAGUUGAAGUGGUAGAGGAGCAAGAGCUGCGGAUUGGAGAUUGGGUUAGGGUCAAAGCAUCUGUUUCGACCCCAACACAUCAGUGGGGAGAAGUGAAUCAUUCGAGCAUCGGAGUGGUGCACCGCAUGGAAGACGGGGAGUUAUGGUUGGCAUUCUGCUUCAUGGAGCGGCUAUGGCUUUGCAAGGCAUGGGAAGUGGAACGGAUUAGACCGUUUAAAGUGGGGGACAAGGUGAGGAUCAGAGAAGGUUUGGUAUCCCCUCGGUGGGGUUGGGGAAUGGAGACACAUGCUAGCAAGGGAGAGGUGGUUGGAGUUGAUGCAAAUGGGAAGUUGAGGAUUAGAUUCCGGUGGAGAGAGGGCCGCCCGUGGAUUGGAGAUCCAGCUGAUAUCUCUCUUGAUGAGAACUGCAGAAUGGGCACUUCGUGAUCAUCUAAUCCUUUCUGCAACUCAAUUGUUUUUAGUUGGGUCCUAAAGCUUGGAUGUGUAUCCUCAAGCUUGUGAGAAAAGUGGGUAGCUCUUGCUGCUGCAUCGUGCCAUCCAAGCUGCUCGGAAAGAGGUGUACGGUCAUUGCAAAUAGCGCUGCGAGUCUGCAACUACAUGAUUUAUUUAUUGUUAAUAAACAGAACGAGUACAACAGAUGAAUAGGUAGGAAAAAGGGGAAGAAUGUGGCUGUCCUGCUGUUAUUUUAUAGUUGAUACAAAGGGCACGGCAAUGAGAAAGGUGGCACUAGGCCAUUUCGUAUUCAUAGAGGUAAAAAUAUGUUUGUAGCUUGACAAUCUUGUGUUUCAUCUUCAUAUAUAAAUAUAUAUAUAUAUAUAUAUAUAAGAGGAAAUAUCUAAACUUACCAUUAGAGUGUACUGUGUUCGGAUUUUUAUCCCUUAUUCUUAAUAAAUACCCUUUUAAGGAGAUCC